GCAAAGGAAGCAGCCCAUUUGUGGAGCGCCAAGAAGCCAUUUUGAACUUAUGAGAAAGCCUUUCUCUCACCUAAGCGCUCUCUCUCUCUCUCUCUCUCUCUCUCUCUCUCUUCACAGUGGUGUUCAUGGAUCCACAGAUUCGUCACCAUUUUCAUAAACUAAACACUAUCUAAAUUUUCAUCUCUCUCUCUCUCUCUGUUCCUAUAUAUAUGGAUAUGUACGGAUAUGUACCGAUAUUUCUAUCAGCGAAUUGUGCACUACUGUAGCGAACAAAUUGGAGAGAAAUGCAAGUCGCAAUUGAUCAAUGGAAAGUGAGACGGCGAACCUUCUAGAACGCCAACCAGCAGUAACAGGGAGUAAGACCAUUUCCAUUCAUCCGUCAGAAUCCGCCAACGUCAGCCGUUCGUUGACAACAGCGACGCCGUCGUCUUCCUCAUCUUCUCAGUCGGAUUUAAUCCGUCACAUUCAAGCCAUCAAACGCCCUCGUCCGCUCGGUACAAUGCAGUCAAAUGUUCUUAUGCCAAGGAGAUCGGUAGCUCCUCAGCGGGGAGCUUCAAAAGGCUCUACUUUGAAUACAGAUUGUGCACUUGAUACAAAGAAGACCCAAGAUGAGAUUUCUCUGAGUCACAGACUAAUGGAAUGUAUUUCACAACCAAAGAACAUUGGCUCUGUUACUGUAGAAGAUCAAGAGGAUGCGUCUAUGCCACCUUCGGAAUAUGGUUCCACUGUGGAUGCACAUGAAGAGAAUUAUAAUUCUUUCAACAGUUUGAGAGAUCAACCAAGAUCCUUUGCUGGUCGUAGAAGCAACAUCACAGCUGCUUCGUCGGUUACAGAGUGUGAACAUGUUUUAUUGGCUGAAGGGCAGAAGAGGGUCCAUUUUGCUGCUGAUAGCACUUCCAAGUUGCAGGAAAUGGAUUGGGAUGUAGGCAAUCAGAUGGAGGCUGUGACUGCUGCUAGCCAAGUCUUGAGAGAUCAAAAUAUCCAAAGCACAGAUGUGGAUGGUAACGGGAAUUCUUCUCUAUUGGCAAAUAGAACAUUAGGAGUUGCAGAUCAGAUUCACCAAUUCAGGAACUUCUUACGGAAUGAUUUGAGCCAUCCUAUGACUCAAGCUUCAGUCGUUGGGUCAUCCUGCACAACGACUACAUUGAUAAACUCCACAUCUGCUCCCAUGCUAAACUCAACAACCUAUUGUUCACAACCUCAUCUAACGAGCAACUCUAUGGAGUCACUGGGGGAACCUAAACUUAAAUCCGAACAUCGAAUGCAGCCGUCAUGUCCUUUUCCAAAGCAUGAAAACAAAUUUUCAGUUGAUCAGACAGAUGUGGCAGUACCUAGUUCUACCAUUGGAACUGAUUCAGAAUUUAAGAGACAUAAUCUGGCUGAAGGGCAAAAGAGUAGUAUGCCGAUUACAGGUGACAUGCCUAAAGAUACUUCCCCUCUUGAAGAUAACUCAGCCAAAGAAUGUGUCACCGAUAUACAAUUAGAAGCUCCCUUGUCAAAGGUUUCAUCUUCCAACGUGAAGUUGGAACCUUCUAAGUCUAAAAAGGAAGAAAAAAGCAUAGGCAGUAAGGCGCCAUCUUCUUCUCGUAAAAAAAGUUAUGAUCCUGAUACAUUUUUCAAAGUUAAUGGAAAGCAUUACCAAAGGCUUGGAAAGAUAGGUAGUGGUGGAAGUAGUGAGGUCCACAAAGUCAUUGCAUCAGAUUGCUCAAUUUAUGCGUUGAAGAAAAUCAAGCUUAAAGGUCGUGACUAUGCUACUUCAUAUGGGUUUUGUCAGGAAAUUGAGUAUUUAAAGAGACUGAAGGGGAAGAACAACAUUAUUCAACUAAUUGACUAUGAGGUCACAGAUAAGAGGUUACUAGAUGAAGUCAUGAAUGGUUCGAUGAGUAAUAAUGAAAGCAGAGUCAAAGAAGACGGAUACAUAUACAUGGUUCUCGAAUAUGGUGAAAUUGAUUUGGCUCAUAUGCUGUCUCAGAAAUGGAAGGAACUAGAUGACUCAGAUUCAAUUAUAGAUGAAAACUGGCUCCGAUUUUACUGGCAGCAAAUACUUCUUGCUGUUAACACCAUACAUGAAGAACGGAUAGUCCACUCGGACCUAAAGCCAGCUAAUUUCCUUCUUGUCAGAGGCUCACUAAAGCUGAUUGAUUUUGGUAUAGCGAAGGCUAUAAUGAGUGACACAACCAACAUUCAACGUGAUUCGCAGGUGGGUACUUUAAGCUACAUGUCCCCUGAAGCCUUUAUGUGUAAUGAGACAGAUGCAAAUGGCAAUACCAUAAAGUGUGGUCGGCCCUCAGAUAUCUGGUCGUUAGGAUGUAUCCUUUACCAAAUGGUUUAUGGGAGAACACCCUUUGCAGAAUACAAAACUUUCUGGGCGAAAUUCAAAGUUAUAACAGAUCCAAACCAUGAAAUCACAUAUGAACCUUUGUCCAACCCUUGGCUACUUGAUCUUAUGAAGAAGUGUCUAGCAUGGGAUCGAAAUGAAAGAUGGAGGAUUCCUCAACUACUUCAACAUCCUUUCCUCGUUCCCCCUGUUCCGCCACAGUUACCUGCUCCUCCGGAGCAAAGUUUUACACUGCUUCAGUUAAUUGCUAAAUCAUGUGAAAAUGAUGGAAAGGCAUCGAUGCUAUGUAUGCAACUCCAAAAUUUACUAGUGCACCCCAGUCAAAUAUCUUAUGAGGCAUUACCUGUAUGCCAAUACCAGAAAUUGCUUUGUGAUGUGUCGGCACUCUGUCUUCAACUCCAAAAACAGUUGGGAAACACAGAAAGAGGCACAAAUAUGUAAUGUUAAAAAUGAUUUACGCAUUAAGCGUUCUUUGGUCUCUUUAUGAUUUUGGGCAGUUACAAAGGUCAUCUUUGAAGUCUUCUGCCGAGUUACCGCUGUGUAUACUAAAACUAUUCGAAACAGUGUCGUGAUUGCCACCUGGUUUUGAUUUCUUGAAGUGGCUUGCAGAUAAUAGGUGAAGAACUGUUGUAACUUUUGUCAGGAAAGGAGGACUCCUAUGUGUGUGCACGUGUUGGUAAAAUGUUCUGCAAAAUGCAUAAUGCCAUUUUCAUCUGAAGUAAUGCUCACUGCUCAGGCUAAUUUAUACUUUAGGUUUUUAGUCUUUUUACCUCAGAAAUCGUGUUUAAAAAUCGAAUAGAAUCGAGAGAUGUAGAAUGAACAAGCCAUUUGGAUAGAGAGGGCUGCAAUUUCAACAAACUUGUAAAAAAGGUGAAUUUUCUUAUUCAAUUAUAUCCAUGGCAUCUUUCUUGAUUCUCCUUCA